ACUACCCUUUGAUUCCAUGAAUUGUGUUGUGACGUGUGCAACACCGUCUCUUUGAAGGCUCACUGCAUCUGAUACGCCGAGGUACCCCAUUUGUGGGUCCCUCGCUGUAAGCACAGUAGCUGUUGUGAGGGGGGAACAGACUCCGACACGCCAGCCCAAAGACAACUGGCUGGGAGAGGUCAGAAAAGCAGCGUUUGCUCUUUAACGCGAGCGUAAACAGAUCGUAACCUGUGUUAGCUUCGAGCUCGGUGUGAAAGGACGUUGCCAGAGCAACUUCAGUUUUUCUCUUAUAAUUUAGGGACCGAUGGGCUAACACCGCUCGCGAGGUGCGGAGCUAACGUUAGCUGUGCUCAGCUAAGAGAGCUAACGCUAGCAAGCUCUACAUAGAUGUUUAUUUACAUUCGUUUACCUGCGUUUGUGCGCAUGACUAAACGUGUAGCUGGGUAUAAAACGAGUGGCUCGUGUUAGUGUGUUUGGGAUGUAGAGUUAUCAGCAGCAGCUGCUAUACAUCAGUUACCCUUGCUGCAAAAGGACCAGGGUUUGGUGUGACGUUUGUUGCCCAUGGCGCAGUAUAGUCUGCUACCAUGGUGAACCAGGUUCCGCGAGGGGACGGUAGUUGGCAGUCAUGUAAGAGCGACUCCAGCGGGGCCAGCAACAGCGGGGGGGAGAGCUCCAAGGAAAGCUCACGAUGUUCUACGCCGGUGCUGGACGCAGACCGAUCAGACAGGCUGCGGGACAAGAUGCGCAGGAGGACGGAGUCCGGAGACCGCUGGUUCUCGCUGGAAUUCUUUCCUCCCCGCACAGCCAGUGGAGCUGUCAACCUCAUCUCAAGAUUUGACCGUAUGGGCAGCGGAGGGCCACUGUUCAUCGACAUUACCUGGCACCCAGCAGGGGACCCGGGCUCCGACAAAGAAACCUCAUCUAUGAUGAUUGCCAGCACAGCUGUUAACUAUUGUGGCCUGGAAAGCAUCCUCCACCUGACCUGCUGCAACCAGACCAAUGUGAAGAUUACUGGCCACCUGACCAAAGCAAAGCACCUGGGCCUCAAGAACAUCAUGGCACUAAGGGGAGACCCAGUGGGAACAGACUGGGAGGAAGAGGAGGGAGGCUUCAACUACGCCAUCGACCUUGUUAAACAUAUCCGAUCAGAGUUUGAUGAUUACUUUGACGUCUGUGUUGCCGGUUACCCUACAGGCCACCCUGAGGCAGAGAGCUAUGAGGAGGAUCUCAGACGCCUAAAGGAGAAGGUGGAUGCUGGAGCAGACUUUGUCAUCACCCAACUGUUCUUCAGGGCGGACACGUUCCUCAAGUUCCUGGAUGACUGCAGGGCGAUUGGUAUCACAUGUCCCAUCCUACCUGGAAUCUUCCCCAUUCAGGGUUACCAGUCUCUGCGUCAGCUUGUUAAGCUGUCGAAGCUGGAGGUACCAGAGGAGAUUACCAGUGUCAUCGAGCCCAUCAAAGACAAUGAUGCUGCUAUCCGUAACUAUGGAAUCCAGCAGGCGGUGGAGAUGUGCCGUGUGCUAUUGGACAGUGGCAUGGUACCAGGCCUCCACUUCUACACACUGAAUCGAGAGGUUGCCACCAUGGAGGUGCUCAGACAGCUGGGCCUGUGGAUAGAGGACCCCAGGCGUCCUCUUCCCUGGGCUGUGAGUGCCCAUCCCAAACGGAAAGUAGAAGAUGUUCGACCCAUCUUCUGGGCAUCCCGGCCCAAGAGCUACAUCUACAGAACCCAGGACUGGGACGACUUCCCCAACGGCAGAUGGGGACACUCCUCAUCUCCAGCUUUUGGAGAGUUAAACGACUACUACCUGUUCUACUUGAAGAGUAAGUCAUCCAAAGAUGCACUGCUGCAGAUGUGGGGUGAGGAGCUGAUGAAUGAAGAUAGCGUCUAUCAAGUCUUCACCUGCUACAUCACAGGCAAACCAAACCACAAAGGACACAAGGUGAUUUGUUUGCCAUGGAAUGAUGAGCCUCUGGCCCCAGAGACCAACCUGCUGAAGGAUGAAUUGGAGAAGGUGAACAGACGAGGGGUCCUCACCAUCAACUCACAGCCCAACAUCAAUGGCAAACCCUCCACAGACCCUGUAGUGGGCUGGGGACCUGCAGGAGGCUAUGUCUUCCAGAAGGCCUAUCUGGAGUUCUUUACCUCCAGUGAAAAUGUCAAUGCUCUCCUCAAAAUACUGAAGAAGUAUGAACCUCGGGUCAACUACCACAUUGUUAAUGUGCAUGGCCAUAACCUGACCAAUGCCCCUGACAUGCAGCCAAACGCUGUGACAUGGGGGAUCUUUCCUGGCAGGGAGAUUGUUCAGCCUACUGUAGUGGACCCAGACAGCUUUAUGUACUGGAAGGAUGAGGCCUUUGCCUUGUGGAUUGAACAGUGGGCCAAGCUCUAUGAAGACGAGUCUCCUUCACGGAUGAUCAUCAAGUACAUCCAUGACAACUACUUCCUGGUCAAUCUGGUGGACAAUGACUUUCCUCUGGAGAACUGUCUGUGGCAAGUCAUCAAUGAUAUGUUUGAGCUGCUCGACACCCCUCCAGGGCCACUCAAUGAUGGAACAGUCUCAGAAUAAAAGCCAUCUUUUUUAUGGACAGAAAGAACACUAUGGAACUGAUAUUUGAUCUUUUAUGCAUUGUCAAAAAAAUUGCUACUUACACUACAGAGCAUAUCAUACAGUAAAAAUGUAUGUCAGUGUUUUUAAGAGUUUUUAUUAGUGUUUUUAAGCAUACUGUCACAGCUGAGCGAAAUACAAAAGACUGAAUAUUUUUUAUCUCCAUGAUGAGUAGCCUUGUCCUCUGCAGCAUUCCUAGCUGAUUAACAACACUUGUGCUCAUACAGUUUGGGCUUAACCCUGUCACCUUUUUAAUUUAAGAGACUCCUUAAGGACGGAUCUAACUGAAAAACAAGAAAAAAACCCUCAUACAAUGGUUUGUUAACUUGUAACAUAUUUUUUUAAAGUGCUUAUCAGUAAAUGUUAUUUUCAUGGAAGACAAUCAUUCAAAUUAGACGUUGAAAUGAUUACAAAUGACGUACUGUAUAGAGAUGAAAUCAAGAUAGAGAUAUGAGAUGUUGUGUAUGAGUGGAACUCUUAUUUGAUGCCAUGAUGAUGCCCUGUCAGCAGUUCUCACCCUUUGCUGUGUUAAGGACCAGUCAAUUGAUCCAGAUUGGUCUUGGUAAGAUUCCCCUCAUGGACCUCCAUCUGAAAAGAUUUUGGUUGUUAGAUAUGAUUAAGACCAAAAUUCUAAAGUUAUCAACUACAGUUGAGUGGAGGAAUUGAAACCUGUUAUCAAUAUAGUCAGCCAUCUCACUGUCUCUCACAUUGGGCUCUCUUCUGUAGUGAAUUAAAUGGUGAAAAUAAACUAUUCCCCAUUUUUCUGGGGGCCCUCUGGAUCUCCCUGUAGGACCCCUGAGAGUCCCUAAACCCCUGGUUGAGUACCACUGAGUUGAACCAUCAGAUGUGUGAGCUGCUAUUGACCAUAUUGUACCACUGACAACAGUAGCACUAUCUACCUGCCGCCUUAACAUGUUUUAAAUGUACAUCCUAUUUAUUUGCUCUGCCGCCUUUUAAAAGCAAAUAGUUUUUCAGUACUGUACAACCCACUGAGUGACUUACUAAGUUGUGUCACUACAUAACUACAAGUACAAAAACCAGGCCAGAGGACAGAACACUGCAGCAGCAAGAUGACAUGGCAGGGAUUUCUUCUCAUUGAGUAACUCAACAUCUCAACAAUUGAAUGUGCAAAUCAUCACCUCACAGAUAAAUGGCAUGAGGUCGUGUAGAUAAGAUACACACACACUGGAAGCCUUCCCUUGUCCCUGUUGACCAGAUCACCUACAUCAGACAGACCGCAGUCACCCUUGCCACAGAGACCUACAUCCCAGAUGAAAGGGUGCCAAAUGCAAGUUGUUGUGCAGGAAGGUACAACAUCACAAUAUUGACCUAAUCAAAAUAUUCAAAAUUUUGAGUUGAUUCAAUAAAUUGAAUGUAGUUAAUUUAAUGAAAGCCCCAUUCAGUUUUCUUCUCUGUGUUUGGCCACCUGAGCCCGCAGUGUUCAUUUUGAUAGCCAUUUUAGAUUUAGUCCUCCUCUUAAGAUGAAAAGGGUUAGGGUUAGUCAACUUUUAGUCAUUUUUAUCCCUCAUAGUAUUAGUCGACGAAAAUUUUUAGUCGUUUUAGUCUUGCAUUUCUCUGACAGUUUUUGCCAGGUUUAAGGGGUGAUUUCCAGGCACACAUUUACUGAUUAUCAUUUGAAAAGUUUAACAUCUCUCGAUUUAUGCUCUCAAAAACUCUGAGACAACUAGGAUUUAUACCCAGGUUCAUUGUAAACUCUGAGUUAUCCACCUCACUGUAGGUUGAAACUUGUGUCCUGUCACAGAGUCAGUGAUUAAAACUAAACUUUCAUCUCUGUCAGAGAAAAUUGAUCUGAGUCCAGACUGUUUACUUACAGCACAGCUACACCCACAGAUAACUGAUCCUCUGACAUGCCUGUCAAACAGCAUUAACCAUUAAGCCUUCUCCAGUCAAGAUUGAGUGGAGUCCUGUGGGGAUCAGCUUUGAAGUCCAGCGCCUGCUGGCUGCUUGCCCUUGUCUUGUUAUUGUAACGACCUGAAAAGGGGAGAAAUCAAUAAAGGUGCUUGGACAUGA